AUGAGGCCCACGAAAAACUGGGCCCCACUGGCGGCCACCGUACUCGCCACGGUGCUGCUUCUGCAACCCAUACAGGCUGAGGCCCCAGUCUCAGGUAGCUACCUACCACCAUCGACGAGCUAUGGGACCCCGAAUCUAGGAGGUGGAGGUGGAGGUGGAGGAGGCCCAUCAUCCACUUACGGUGCACCUAAUGGCGGCGGUGGUCGUCCAUCCUCCAAUUACGGAGCGCCCACUGGCGGUGGCGGUGCACCAUCGUCCAAUUACGGUGCACCUGGCUUCGGUGGAGGCGGAGGCAACGGUGGUGGAAACGGAUACUCAGCGCCAUCUAGCAACUAUGGGGCCCCGUCUCCUGGCAGGCCCUCCAGCAAUUAUGGGGCCCCGUCUGCUGGAAGGCCCUCCAGCAACUACGGUGCACCGUCUGGCAAUGGAGGUGGUGGAUUCGGAGGUGGAAGACCCUCCUCAUCUUAUGGAGCACCUGGCUCCGGAGGCGGUGGCGGUUUUGGAGGCGGUGGAGGCAUUUCCUCCAGCUAUGGGGCCCCCUCGCGUGGAAAUGGAGGUGGAAACGGAGGUGGAAGACCGUCCUCCAGCUAUGGAGCACCCGGCUCUGGAGGUGGGGGAAUAUCUAGCAGCUAUGGGGCACCGACAGGGGGCGGUAACGGAUUCGGGGGAGGAAGACCAUCUUCAUCUUACGGUACACCUAGCACCGGUGGUGGCAGCUUCGGAGGGGGCGGAUAUUCUGGAGGCGGAGGUGGUUACUCUGGAGGGAACGGAGGUGGCGGAUAUUCUGGAGGCGGAGGUGGUUACUCUGGAGGGAACGGAGGUGGCGGAUAUUCCGGAGGCGGUGGGUACUCUGGAGGAGGUGGAGGUGGCUACUCUGGAGGAGGCGGAGGUGGUUAUUCUGGAGGAGGAGGUGGUUAUUCCGGUGGAGGAGGUGGUUACUCCGGCGGAGGAGGCGGGGGUGGUUACAACGGAGGUGGAGGUGGCUACUCAGGCGGGGGUGGGAACGGAGGAGGUGGCCAGGGCUACGCCAGCAACGGAGGCUACCAAUAUUAAUCGCAACUAUUCGCGUCGCGUGGAGACCUUCGAGCUUGUUGACUCGGGACCGACGUCCAAGCACGAGGCAUCCGAUGGAGAGACGAGGGAAGCAAAAUCGAAGGUCGUUCCCGCGGAAUCAUCCCCGAAGCAUCCAGGAUUCGCAUUGAAAGCAUAACGUCGAACGUCGUUUGGGAGGAAAAUGUCCAACGUGCACCCUGACAGACGCGUUCCCGCGAACGGAAGAAUUU